CCCCUCCACCAGCUUUUCGCAUACCGAAUACUGCGUUUCCCUUCUGUCCAAAGCGCUGGAGGCUCUACAGUUGUGAGCUGCUGUCGCAGCUCCUCGGAUGCUUCGCCAAUAUGCCUCGACCCGCGCUCAGACGAAGGCAUCUCAACCGAUAUGCUCCCUCGCCCCGCGCCAGUAAGAAGAUCCCGAACAGCGGCCCGGCCAAACUAGAACUCGAAAAAAAGCUGGCGCAUAAACCUAUAGGCCAGAGACCGAACGAUAGCGAUGACAGCGAUAGGCUCGUUGUCAAAGGAAAUGGAAGAAGAGCUCGACCGCGGCAGGAAAUCUUCGCCUCUGGCGCAGUGGCUUCAGGUGACCAGCCCGGCGCAUAUCCCAGCAGAACGCAGAGAAGGAAAAACAUGCUCAGGGAUACCAAAGAGAUACUUGCCAACGCGCAACACUCCGCCGAGAAGGAUGCUGGGUUGGCCGCGUCCAGCACGAAGCUGCCGGAGGAAAAUGCUCCUCUCGCAAAUGGAAAGGCCAGGAAAGUCACAGGCGCGAAGCAGGAAAAGGUUGCUCCAACAAGCGCAACACUAUCAUCUGCUGUCAAGGCUCCGGGCACUGUUCAGCGCACAACGGCGCCCACGCCAACGAGAGAUGUGUCUAUUCUCGGUACUUUGAAGCCGAGAAGACGACAACCUAGCAUUCUACAAGAUAUCGGCCACGAUUCUUCGACUUUCGACUUUGAAGAUGAAGAGCAAUUCCUCCCUGAUGACGAGUCGACUCCAUUCAACAUAUCGAAAUCUCAGCAGGUUCCUGCAACUCCAGUCACAAUCUCAUCACACCCCUCCUCAUCAUCGAGGAAACGAAAAUUUGGCUCGUCUGAUCCUCUACAGCCCAGUACAAAUGGGGCCACAAACCCAACGAGCUCACCACUUACAACCAUGAGCUCCCAUAUUGCGACUCCACAGCCCGCUCUCCCACCAGUGCCUGUGUCUACUCUUCGAGAAUCAGGUAGAAAAUACCAGGAACGUGUCCAAGACAAGGAUGACAUAUUGGCUCCUCCGGAAAGUAGUUCUUCACCAUCAUCGUCUCCUGCCAAGGUGCGAACGCCUCAGUCGACGAGGAGACCGAAAAAGAAAGCGGCCAAACCAGGAACUACCAUGACUACCGAGGCGCUUAGGGCGUUGAUGAUGCCUAUCAAACGAAGAAAAACUACGAGAGAACGUUCUCAUACUCCUGGCCAAUUUGACAUCCCGGCCGACUCAGACUCUCCGAACUCAGAUAGAGGCGGAAUUCCCGACCAGGACGACGAGUCCAGCUUUCUUCCUACGAAGAAGAGUCGUAAAACAAGGCGGAAGGAGCCUUUGUCCAAAUCCGGUAGAGGGCAGACUAAAGCUGCUGUUGGUGCUACUAAGGCUGGCAGGACGAGGAAGCCGGGCACUUCUGCCGUGGCAAAAUCAAAAUCAAAAUCAAGUACGGAACAUCUCACUCACACCGCGCCUAUUCUUACGCCCUCUGCAUCUACAUCUUCCAGAAGGAAUCGCGAAACUAAGUCUCCGUCACAGCUCUCUACUAUCGAAAUCUCCAACCGGACCGAAACCAAGGGGAUCGAAAGUCAGCGAAAGUCGUAUGGUGGCUUCCACCGACGGCGGCAAAAUGGCGAGGACCGGCCGGACAAGGAAAAUCACAACCCGGAAGAUGGCUUGAGAAGCGAGUCUGGAGGUGAAAUUUCGAGCGUCGAAGAAAUCCACAAAGGUGCUUCAGAUCGAUCCCGGGCUUCCGGUUCGGGAGACAAGCCUGUAAUGACGGCAAGUCAAGGGAAGUGGGCAGAUAUUGAUGCCUGGGACAUGGACUUUGAAGAUGUUGAGGUCCUGACAGGGUCCGGCGGUAGUUCACCUAUGCGUCGUUGAACCAGAGGGAUUGCCUGUUGUCUUAGUCUAUUGUCUGCAAGGAUCUGAUGAAUUGAUGAUGCUCACGAAUGCCUGGCUACACGGAAGAAGCUGUAUCAUAUCGAGGCCAUGAUUUAAGGCAGCCUUGUCUAGAGAUUGCUGGCCCUAUGACAGCAAGGCAAUAUUACACUUGUGUCUGAGAGCACGUUUACCCAGUUGAGCUUUCCAACCUCAUCCGUUGAUGAUCAAAUAAAUCAGAUAUGGAAUUAACAGCAUAGCAUGUAGAUAUCCAGCAUAUCCAGCAUAUCCAGCAAAGCCAGUACUUGGUGGU